AUGGCAAAGACUAAAUUCACAAAGAGGCCAGCACAAAACGAAGAUGUGGAGACAGCAAGAAAGGAAAAACGUGAGGGGAAGAAGAAAGUGGAGUAUAGUGGAAAGAGGAAGAAAGGAGCAAGCAAGAAUCGGCUCCGAAGUGUUCAUGUCAAUGCGCUAUCCACAUCCGGAAACCAUAAGGGCUUGGGAAUAGAGGAAGAUGUGGAGGACAUUUUCUACUACACCGAGCUUGGCGAGUUCAUGAAGAUGGCUCUACCGGCGUACAGAGAACCAGCGAUACAGUUCCUCGCAUCCUUGAAGCUCAGAAACAUCCUCAAGAAGCAGCUGCUGAGCUCAAGAGAGAUGGAAUUGGAUUCAUUACCUUCACGCUUCUGGGACAAGACUCGAGGUCCCUAUCAGAUCUCCAAGAACAAGACCAGUCACAUCAAGAACCCGGCCAUCCGCUACGCUCAUAAGGCGAUCGCUCACACUCUCUUUGCAAGACACGAGCGUGCAAACGUCACCAAGCAAGAGCUUGAGCUGCUUGACACCGGCAUAAUCCAGAAGCUUGAAACUCUGGACAACGGGGAAGAGAUGCAAGGAGACUUGAAGCACACGAGCAAAGCUGUUGUGAUGAUCAACUCCUUCAAGCAAAUAAUGAGGAACGCGGAGCUCUCCUAUGAACAAGGCAAGAUCAACGAGGCACACUUGGAUAUUGGAAUCUUGAUCACUCCGAUUCUGCUCGCAACCAAAGUCAAGUUACCACAGUCAAGUCAUCCACCCACGUUCAUGUAUAUCGCCUACCUCAACAAGACUUGGUUCCUGAGGGUGAUGCACAACGGGAAGCACAUCUAUUGCUUUGAGCAUCUUACCUUUGGCAUCUCGAAAGUCCUCUUACCAAACGUCGAGCUCACGAGCAACAAAAGCCGAGGAGGAAUCUUGUUCCUCCCCACAGCCGAUCAGUUGUUCAUCGAUAGAGGUGAUGCCACAGUUAACGAAGAGCAAGGGCAAGAGGAAGGCGAGCCUUCGGAGAGACGAGCAAGCGAGUUUGGUAAAUUUGACUUCACCCCUUACAACGCAAGUGGAAGCACUCCGGCCAUCACCAAAGCACAUGUGCACAUUGGGAUGCUUCAAAGGUGGUGCAAGAAACAGGACGAGAUGAUUAAGAAGCUCACCGAGACAGUGAAUGCCCUGAAGGACAAACUCUCGUGCACAUCGCCAAAGGCAACCAAGACCGCGGAGCCUGCAUUGAGGAGAAGCAAGCGCAAAAGGAAAACCGAUUGA